AUACAGCCAGUGUUGGUAGUACGUGCAGUCAGUUUUGUGAAUAUUGUCGUCAAUUAUGGAGCAUCCUGCAUUCGCUGAGGCCGGGAGUAGCCCUGGCUUGGAGAUUUGGACCAUCGAUAAAUUCGAGCCAGUGGCCAUUGAAAAAGCAAUGUAUGGGAAGUUCUUCAAUGGUGACUCCUACAUCAUAUUGAAGACCACAGGAGAUAACACGUCAACGCUCUCCUACGAUGCUCACUUCUGGCUCGGCGCAAAGACGAGUCAGGACAAGAUGGGGGCGGCCGCCAUAUUGACAGUGACCUUAGAUGACAUGCUGUCAGGCAAGGCUGUCCAUCACCGGGAGGUGCAAGGCCAUGAAUCCAGCCUGAUGGUCGGAUACUUCCCACCUGCCAUCAGAUACUUGGAGGGCGGCAACGAGUCAGGUUUCAACCAGGUGGAGACCAAUGCUGGGGCUGAGAAGAGGUUACUGAAGCUGUCUGGUGGGGACAAUAUGAGGAUUGAGGAGGUACCAGCAGAAUCAUCAUCACUCAACAAAGACAACUGCUUCAUUCUUGAGGUGGAGCAUGACAUAUUCGUGCUGAUCCCUGAGGAAGCGAAGGCAACCCAGAGACGGAAGAUUAUCAGCGUCGCCAACACUCUCCGAGACGACAACCACAAUGGACGCGCCACUAUUGAGAUUAUAGAUGAGUUCUCGUCGGAUGACGACGUCAACGCCUUCUUCGAAGCUCUGGGGUCAGGAUCCAAGGAUGACCUCGGUGAAAGCCAAGAUGAUCAGACUUAUUCCAGGGAGAGUGUGUCAGCAGUCUACCUGUACAAGGUUUUGGUUGGAGACGACAUCGACCUGGUCACCCUGAACAAGCCAUAUAAGCAGAAGGCAUUGGCUUCUGACGAGAUCUACAUCCUGGACACUCCAGACUCAGGAGUGUUCAUUUGGCUGGGUAAGGAUGUGGACGCUGAUGUCAGGAGGAACUACUUUGACACAGCCCAGAAAUACCUCGACUUGAAGGGAUAUCCUACUUGGGUCCACGUGACCAGAGUGUCGGAGGGCGCUGAGUGUUCCACCUUCAAGCAAUACUUCCACAACUGGGACAGCAUCUCUACAUCGUCCACAUUCAUUACUGAAUCUGAUGCCGGCUACUUCUCAUCAGAUGCUGAUGAGGCAGCCACCACGGCGUACAAGAUCGGCAAGAGUGCUGCUGCGAGGGGCUACAUGCCUGACCAGGGGGACGGCAACCUUGCCAUCACCAGGGUAGCAGGCGGCCAGGAUGAUGUGACAGAGCGCUCGCAGUCAAGUGUGGCUGUAUUAUACCAGAGUGAGGUGUAUGUGGUCAAAUAUCAGUACACCAACAGCGACGGUGACGAUGCUUAUGUUGUUUAUAUUUGGAUUGGCUCAGAAGCAGCCGCCUCCGACAAGAAGGCAGCGUUCGAGCUGGCCAGCGAGCUGGAAGACCAGCUGGACGGAGCCACCGUCGUGCAGGUGCCGGCAGGGAAGGAGCCCAAACAUUUCCUUAACAUAUUCAAAGGAAACCUCGCUAUCUUGCUCGGCAGCUCUGAUGAUGAUUAUAAACCGAAGAACCCCAGGGGUUCCUAUGAAGAUGACAAUAUUAGGCUGUUCAGGGUGGAAGGCACAGAGUUGGGAGUAGACAUGAGAGCCGUGCAGGUGUCGGAAACGGCUGAUGUGCUGGAAGAUGAUGACGUUUUCGUUCUGGAAACUUCUGGAGUCGUGUACGUGAGGAAUGGGAAGGAGUCUGAUGUCCAAGAACAGGAAGCAGCCCUGAGCUUCGUCAAGGCGGUGGUGGGAGAAGAGAAAGAGGUGACUGUCGUCAGCCAAGGAGAAGAACCGGAGGAAUUCUGGGACGCCUUAGGAGGAGUCCCAGAAGAGAAAGAAGACAGUUCAGGGUGGAAGGCGGCAGUCAGUCGGCGGGUGACGACGCCGCCGUCACUAUACUCCAUCACAGUCACCAUAACUGGCAAGAUUAAGACUGAGGAGUUGCCGCCUAACUUUACUCAGCAGGACCUCUCUGAUGAUGGAGUGUAUAUCUUGGACGUGGGAGAGGAACUGUACAUGUGGGAGGGAGCCAACUUACCUGAGAGGGUUAAGAGGGCCAGGGUUGACAUCAUUCAGGAGUACAUAAAGGACGACGGGCUGGACCGUACCCCGGAUACUACGUUGGUGGUUGGUGUCAAGCAAGGCCGUGAACCGGGGGUCUUCAAGAGACUCUUCCCUGACUGGGACAAUGAUAUGUGGACGAAUCAAGCAUCCUACGAAGACAUCAAGAACAAAACGAAGGCUGCAAAUUCCAAGUGAAGACACUAAUUAAAAAGAAGAACAUUUUAUUUACUUUACAAUUACAAAAUAAGUAUAUCACAAUUACUUUUAAACUUUAUACAAUAUAAUCAUUAUACAAUGUAACAAACUUAUAAAUAAAUUAAUUACAAUUUUAA